UGGUAGGUACAGCGCAUGCGCCACAGCCAAUAUGGUUACGAAAACGAUUGUUACACGACAGUUUUCGAGGUAAAUUCAGUGUAAACUUUGCAAUAGGAGAAAAAUAAACGUGGUACAAUGGCAGAAGAAGAGCAUGAGAGCAAGAACAAGGGUUUCAGGCUGCUGGGGAUUCUGGAUGUCCAGAACACUCCAUGCGCCAGAGAUGCCGUCCUGCAUGGAGCUGGAGGCUCACUAGCUGCUGGCCUGCUACAUUUUCUGGCCACUAGUCGUGUGAGGAGGUCUUUUGACGUGGGAUUUGCAGGCUUCAUGCUCACCACACUGGGGUCCUGGUUUUACUGCAGGAUGAACAACGCUAAGCUUCGUGUGCAGCAGAGGAUGAUCCAGGAUGGCAUCAAGAACAAGGUUGUGUAUGAAGGGACCAUUCUAGACCCCACAAAAAAAACUGGAGCAGAAACACCUUCAGGCCCCUCAUGACCUCCAGCACCAGAAUUCCUCCCCUUUUUUAUGUAAAGGUGAGGAGAUGAGGACAGUAUUAGGGUCCUACAAAGACUUUACAUCCAGCUUUUCAACAGAAAAGCUGCACAAAUGAUGGAAGGAAUUUAAAUUUCAUUUUUUUCAUGGGUGUUUUUUUUUUCCUUUUGUCUGACAACUACUUCAUUAGAUCUCAUAUUCCAGACUGCCACAUAUGGACUUUUUGACUGAAGAAUAAGCUGUUUGUAGAGUGUGUUCUGAUCCUGAAACAACAAAAAAUGUUUCAUGUUUUCUAAAUGUUGUUCCACCCCAACAUUGACUUAGCAAAUGUACCAGUUAAACUCUUACUCCCUCUAAACCCUGUGAUGCAUGACAUGUUGUGAUUACAGUAAUUCCUUUGUCUCUCAGAAUAAAGGAUAAGUUUGUUGUGUACACCAAUCAACCACUAAAUAGUGUAAGUAAGUACUUUAACACACAGAAGGGGACGACAAGCAACAUAUACAUCCCCACCUUAAAUCAAUCUGUUGACCACCAGAAUGCUCAGUUUUCUGUCAUCUGUCGAAGUCAAACACCUGCUAUGAUGUUGUUCGGAGUGUGGCCUAAUGUGUAACACACUUGAAAGUUUUAGCUCAGGACAGAGCAGCAGGUGUUUUCUGUGUCCUAGUGUUGAAUCAGCCUUUAAAGAUAUACCAUGCAGGAUUCUCCUUUAAAAAAAACAAUGUAUAGACUCAUACAAAAGUAAUCCCUCUAAAUCAUCACUUUUCAUCCACUAAAAAUGUACAGCGGUGUAUUUAUCUGCAGGGACUUUGCCCUUGCCUGUAGUUUCAUCUUAAUUUGCUGUGUUCAGGAUGUUCUUAUGCAGCAGAAGUGACAUCAGAACUUUAUAUAAAGGUAGUGAGCAUGUGCCAGACUGUCGGCAGCAAGCAUCCAAAGGGAAGCUCGGAAAACAAUGGACACAGUGCCAAAAAAUGUAUAUAGCGAGACGAAAUGUCAGGUAGACAAAGCUCGUUCCAAAAUCUGCAGUUGGCUUUUUCCUUUUGCUGGCAGCAGUGUUUAAAAAUGGUAACCAACAGUUCCUGCAUAGUAUACCUUUAAAUUCAUCUCAAACUGUGAUUGUAUUUUAAAAGUUUGAAUGUGGAAAAUAAAUGAUGCACUGAUGUAAUAAUGUG